GCAAGCAGGACAGUUUAGCGCUUGAAGUUGCUAGCAGGAUUGCUGCUUCCUGAUGCAAAUGGCGACCAUCAUGGCUACAGUGUUAUUUACAGGAUCCUUAUCAAAAGUGUUAUCCUUAUUACUUGUAAUUCAGAUUAUACAGCCGUUACACGCAGUAUCAGAACCUGGCAAAUGGAUUUUAAACGUGAACAGCAAAACACUGAAGAAGCAGAGCUUCUUCCUUUUCACUAAGACAAUGUUUAACAACUCCAUAAUCAACCUCAAAUGGAUAAGUGAGUCCUGUGAUCCCCCUAUAAACCUCAGUGUGUCCUGGUACCUGCGAAAUUCACACUGCUACGACGAGGUGUUUGGCCUUGAUUAUAAAAAGGCAGAUGUAUACUUCAUGUCAAAGAAGGUGAUUCGGGAAGGUGGAACUGGGUUCUACACCUCCCACCAGUACAAGCCUGUUGAGUGUCGACAGCACGUAAACGGCAAUGAGUUUGCUGUCCCUUUUCCUGAUCCGCCAAAUAAGCUCAUUGAGCAGGAAGAAGGACAGUCUCCCACUGACAAGCAACGAAGGAGGAAGAGAGGAACUGAGGCUGAAAAGGCUACAGUCAGUGCUGCAGAGAAGAGUCCUGGCAAAGAAGAGGGUGCUGCCAAACAAGACAAAGCUGCACCCAAAAGCAGUGAAAAUCUGAACUAUGCCGUCGCCCGCACCUGGGAGGACGGGCCCUACAUGUUCAUCAUCCACAUUCAGGAGAAGAGUGGCACCGUGACUGACCCCGGGUCAGAGCAGGGCUGGGACAUACAGCUGGAGAUCAGCAUGCCAGGUCCCCAUGAGUACAUCUCAGCCUCAGAGUGGCCCCUCAUGAUUUUCUACAUGGUGAUGUGCAUCAUCUACGUGGUGCUGGGGCUGCUGUGGCUCGGGCUGUCGGCCUGCUACUGGAGGGACCUGCUGCGCAUCCAGUUCUGGAUCGGCGGGGUCAUCUUCCUGGGCAUGCUGGAGAAGGCCGUGUACUACGCCGAGUUCCAGAGCAUCCGCUACGACGGGUUAUCGGUCCAGGGGGCGGUGGUCUUCGCUGAGAUCCUGUCCGCAGUCAAGAGGACCCUUGCCCGCGUGCUGGUCAUCAUCGCCAGCCUCGGCUAUGGAAUCGUCAAGCCAAGACUGGGGGCGCUGUUGCACAGAGUGGUUGGGGUCGGACUUCUCUACCUUAUCUUCUCCGUUGUGGAGGGCAUCUUGCGAGUCAAUUCGGAGCAAGGUGGGACGAGCAGGCUGCUCUGUGACAUUAUUCUGGCCCUCACUGACUCCUGUAUUGUGUGGUGGAUCUUCAUCAGCCUGGCUCAGACCAUGAAGCUGCUGCGCUUGAGAAGGAACGUAGUCAAGCUCUCACUCUACCGCCACUUCACCAACACCUUGAUAUUCGCAGUCAUUGCGUCUGUCAUUUUCAUCAUCUGGACGACAAAGACAUUCAAAUUUUCAAAGUGUCAGUCUGACUGGAGGGAGCUGUGGAUUGAUGAUGCCUUCUGGAGGUUCCUCUUCUCCACCAUCUUACUAGUAAUUAUGUUCUUGUGGAGGCCUUCAGCAAACAAUCAGAGGUACGCCUUCAGCCCGCUGGUGGACGAGGUGAGCGAUGAGGAGAAGGAGCAGCUGAUGAAUGAAGCCUUCGAGGGCGUGAAGAUGAGAGGGCUGAAGUCGGAGACAAACGGAACGGCCAAGCCCAACAAAGUGGAUGAGGACUUAAAGUGGGUAGAGGAGAACAUUCCCUCAUCUAUGGCUGAUGUUGCGCUACCGCCCUUACUGGAUUCUGACGAGGAAACCAUGACCACAAAGUUUGAGAUGUCCAAAAUGGAGUAGACCCUGGCUGUAUUUAUUGUACAUACUGUCUGUGUCCAAAAGUUACUUCUGUCUGUUUUACUUAAUUUACUUCUAACAAUUACGGGCUUUGUGAGCAAUAUUUGUAAAUACAAUGAGAUGGGGAGAAAAAAAUCCCUGUGAUGGUGACACACGAGAUGCUUUUAUUUUCUGUUUAUUGCCUGUUUGUAUUUAUAUUUUUCUUUGAAUACAGUUUGAUCCAGAAUUCUUUUUUGGCGACUGUACCAUGCCUUUGACAGUUUACAUACCUGAGAUUCAGACAGCGAUUAAACACCACACCUGUCUGAAACACCGCUUGCAUUUUUAUUCCAGCUGUUCGAACGCCUUCCA